GUUACGAGUUCUGGUGGAAUAUGGAACAAACAUUUUGAAUAAUUCGGGGUUUAAUUGUUUUUUAAAAAGAGACAAAGAUAUUAUAAGCGUCUAAUACUGUCCAGGGUGCGCUGCAAUAAAAUCGCUUAAAAAAUGUGAUUCCAAGUAAUGCUAGAAGAGGAAUCCAGAGCCGCCACCCUGCCUUCACGUGAAGUGAAAGAGAAAACAACAGGAACAACUCAAAGGAGGAGUUUGUGAAUGUGACACAGCAGUCAGCCUCUUACACCUCUUUUCACUGGAGAGCUGCACACAGACAGAAGCAGUCCAUCGACGGUGAGCUGGAACCAAAAUGACGACUCAGGAGGACAAAAGAUACGACCCGAAAGACACCACUCUGAAGUUCGUCAACGGACCAGAUGAUUUGGAUCCACUACCAUCGGAGGAGGGAGACCAGUGUCUCCGGGCAGAGAUGUCCUGCGGUCAUGCCGUCACCCCGGAGUCUCUCACUGGCUGGUGCCGCAGUCUGCUGGAUCAGGGCCAGUACAAAUUUAAGUGCCCUGCUUUGAAGGAAGGCACCCACCACAGGUGUGAUGCUGUGUGGUCUUACCAAGAGGUGCGCAGACUGGCAGGGCUGACGCCAGAAGAGAUGCAGUACUUUGAGGAGAAGAUGGCACGUCUGGCUGCAGCAGAGUACUGUGAAUUUAAAACAUGUCCCGGGUGUAAGAGCUGUGUGGGGCGAGAGGACCUGAGUAACCUCUCAGUUCAGUGCACACUCUGCACAGCCGACAAAGGGGAACAUUACCACUUCUGCUGGCAGUGUCUGAAGACGUGGAAGGGUGCAAUGCCCCGCUCUGACCGCUGUGACAACGACGGCUGCAUCAACCACGACGUCGAGAUUCUCAAGAACUGCAGCACCAUCGUCCUCCCUGAGGUGAAGGGGGUCGAUGCAUGUCCUUCCAUCCGAGUAUGUCCCACCUGCGGCCAGAGGGUGGAGCACGACAAAACGGGCUGCAAGAACAUCAUCUGUCCUCGCUGCCAACUCGAGUUCUGCUUUGUGUGCCUGAAGCUCACUCCUGAGUGCCUGGAGACCAGCUCCUACUUCAUCGCCUGCAGUGAUGGUGUAGCUCCCAGACAGACCUCCAUACCUGUGUGGCACAGAAACUAAGACCUCAUGCAUAUUCCCUGCAUUGUUGUAAAAGACACGCUUAUAAUGCUUCUACUGAAAUGAGAAUCAAUCUUGUUCAUCCAUGAUUCAUUGACAACUGCAUCACUUAAUAAAGUUUACCCUUUAAACAAUG